GCUUGACAUUCUACGUCACCAUGCCAGCUAGAGGCUAACUUUAAGCUAAGGCUAACAGGCUGCUGUCUGCUGCAGAGGGAUAUGUAGUCAGUUUAAACAUCACAGUCCCAGUGACGGAUCCUUCAGAGCAUCUGGGUCAUGGAGUUAAGAAAUAUUCAGGACCAGUCGCCUUUGGUCCAAGCCAUAUUCAACCGAAACAUUGAGGAGGUGACAUUCUUGUUGAACCACAAUGAAGAUGUUAACUCACUGGACCAACAACAAAGCACACCACUUCAUGUUGCUGCUUAUCUGGGUGAUGUCCACAUAAUGGACCUACUUAUAGCUUCAGGUGCAAAUGUCAAUGCCAAGGACCAGGGCUCGCUGACUCCCUUACAUCGAGCAGCUUUCUCACGGAGCCAAAGGGCUGUGGAGCUGCUAUUGAAGCACAGUGCAGAGGUCAAUGUUCGGGACAAAUUCUGGCACACACCUUUACACAUGGCAGCUGCAAACUGGGCCUUAGGUUGUGCUGAGGCUUUGAUUCCACAUGUUUGCAGCCUGGAUGUUACUGACCGCUCAGGGAGGACGCCACUCCUUCAUGCAGCCCACAGUGGCCAUGGAGAGAUGGUGAAUUUGCUCCUGAACAAGGGUGCCAGUGUCUGUGCCAAAGAUAAGAAGGACAGGCAGGCAAUCCACUGGGCUGCAUACCAAGGACACGUGGAUGUUGUGAAGCUUCUGGCGACUCGUGGUGCUGAUGUGACGUGCAGGGACAAACGUGGUUACGUUCCGCUCCAUGCAGCAGCUGCCAGUGGACAGUUAGAUGUCGUCGCCUAUCUGCUUGGGCUGGGGCUGGAGACUGAUGAACCCAACAAUUUUGGGAGCACAGCGCUCCACAUGGCCUGUUACACGGGUCAAGACACUGUGGCCAAUGAGCUGGUGAACAGCGGUGCAAACAUUAACCAACUCAACCACCAGGGCAACACACCGUUACAUCUAGGUGCUGCCUCCUCCAGCGGAGUGCUGUGUCUCGAGCUGCUGGUAAACAACGGUGCUGAUGUCAAUGUGCAGGUGAGGUGUAUUAGAGGAGAGCUAACACAAAGUCCUGUGUGUGGACGCUUCACAGGGUCCCAGAUACUGAUCCAAAAUGGUGGAGAGGUCGACUGUGUGGAUAUGUAUGAAUGCACUCCUCUUCAUGUUGCUGCCAAAUAUGGUCAGGAGUUAUUGAUCAGCACUCUACUGACUAAUGGAGCCGACAAGUUCAGACCGGGCAUUCAUGGAAUGCUUCCAUUACAUUUGGCGGCACUUUAUGGAUUUCCAGACUGUUGUCGGAAGUUACUGUCUUAUGGUCAGUUUUACAACAUGGCCCCAUUUCAAAUGUCAUCAGAUGGGGAUGAUGUGAACAUAGUGGAUGAUUAUGGGAGGACCUGCCUGCAUGCAGCUGCCUGUGGAGGAAACGUUGAGUGCUUGAACUUGAUUUUAAACGGUGGCGGUGAGCUGGACAUAAAGGAUAAUUUGGGAAGAUCCCCUUUGCACUAUGCUGCAGCCAAUGGAAACAGCAAAUGCACCAUCUCCCUGGUGAGAGCAGGUGCUGAGGUCAACGAGCUGGACCUGAUGGGCUGCAGCCCUCUACAUUACACUGCUGCUUCUCACACUUUCUGCAGUGGAAACACAAACUCUGAGUCAGACUUCAGUUUGGACAAGCAGCGAGAGGCCACGAUGUGUUUAGAGUUCUUGCUUGACAACGGAGGAAACCCAACUCUGAAGAAUAGUAAAGGUUACAGUGCCGUCCAUUAUGCAGCUGCCUGUGGGAACAAGCAGCACCUCGAACUGCUCCUGGAGAUUUCUUUCAACUGUCUGGAAGAGGUUGAAAGUAACAUCCCAGUCAGUCCAUUGCACUUAGCUGCUUAUUAUGGCCACCAGGAGGCACUGUGUUUGCUGUGUGAGACAUUAGUGAGUCUGGAUGUCAGAGACAUCGAGGGUCGAACUGCUCUUCACCUGGCUGCUGAGCGGGGAUUCUCCACAUGUGUAGAGGUGCUGCUGCAGCAUCACGCCUCCUACACACUGAAGGAGUACAAGCACAAGUGGACGGCUCUCCACGCUGCGGCAGCCGAAGGCCAAAUGGAUUGUGUGCUUCUGCUGGUGAAUAAGGAACAAAGUGCUGACGUCAUCGACUGUCUGGACACACAAGGACAGACGGCUCUUAUGCUGGCAGCUCUGGGGCGUCACACUGACUGUGUUCACAUCCUGUUGGAGAAAGGAGCCAAUGCUGACACUGUGGACAAAAAUGGCUUCACUGCAUUACACAGAGCCGCCAUGUUGGACAGUGAAGACUGUGUCUCUGCUCUGCUGGAACACGGAGCCUCUGCUCUGUGCCGAGACUCUCAGGGAAGAACGCCACUGCACCUCGCAGCCUCCUGUGGACACAUUGGCUUACUGCACAGUUUACUCAAAGCUGCGGUGAAAGCUGACCCUCUGGACUCCAUGCUGGACCACAGUGGCUACACGCCCACCCACUGGGCCGCCUACAAAGGCCAUAAAGGAUGUUUACACAUUUUACUUGAAAGCAAACUUUUGAGCAACCAGGACAAAAACCUUUUCACACCGUUGCACUGUGCUCUCGUUAACGGUCAUGACGCUGCUGCUGACCUCCUCGUAAAGACCGUUGGACCUCAAAUCGUUAAUGUCCGCGACUCUAAAGAGAGGACCCCUCUGCACGCAGCAGCCUAUUCAGGAAGUGUUGCUGGGUUGGAGGUUGUCCUGAGCCACGGAGCAGAUGUCAACGCUGUAGACCAGAGCGGCCGCUCGGCUCUGAUGAUCGCUGCUGACAGUGGACACACCCUGGCUGUUGAAUUCUUGCUGCACAAUUCAAAGCCUGAUCUGACCCUGGUGGAUGUCAAUAAUAACACAGCCCUUCACUUAGCCUGCAGCAAGGGUCAUGAGAUGUGUGCCCUGUUGAUCCUGGGAGACAUCAGUGACUCUUCACUCAUAAACGCAGCCAACAGUGUUCUCCAAAUGCCUCUUCACAUUGCAGCCAGGAAAGGUCUGGCGACUGUAGUGCAGGUGUUACUGAGCAGAGGAGCGGCCGUCAUGGCUGUAGAUGGAGAAGGUCACACACCAGCUCUGGCCUGUGCCCCGAACAAAAACGUUGCCGAGUGUCUGGCCUUGAUCCUCUCCACCAUGAAGCCUUUCCCACCCAGUGGUCACACAGCCUCCCACUUCAACCCCAUCCUCAAAACCUGUGUCAUUACUUCCACUUGCGGGUCCAGUGGAAACCUGUGUCACGCCUGAGCUUAGGACUGGUUUGGUCACCGAAGGUGUGUGACUGGCUGAAAUCUGAUUGUUGUUUAACCAAAAGUCUCACAUUUUUGCCACACACACACACACACUCUCUGAACAGGCAGGUCAGCAGAGUUUGCAUAGCUGUUUCUUCACGUGCCAUCAUCACCUUAAAACUUUUGUGUUGCAUGCGUCCACACAUCAACUGUGUGCUUUUGCACAGGUAGAUUAGUCUACUUUGAGAUAUAGUCUUAUGUUACUUACAGUGGUAGAUUCCCUAGAUGAUCUUUUCCUGUUUGGCUUGAUUUGAGCACGUUAAUGUCAUGAAACAACGCACCAAUAGAACUUUUAGCAUAAGCACAAAAUUCAAGCCUAUCUACCUGAUUCUUAACAACCAAAGUCUGAAAUCUCAGCUUUCUGUCCAAAUGUAUGAGCACAGCCCAUAUAUCUGGCCAGUUACUGUACAACAUCAGUGCAGUUAUGAGUCUCCAUCCCUCUUUCUUCCUCUCCGUCUGUUACUUAUUGUUUCCUUAACAUGCUUUUUUUUAAAAUAUCUAAUAGGUGCUACUAACUUGCAAUUAAGAUUCUAUUUUUCUUAUCCCGUUCCUAAAUGUAGACAACACUAUAACGAUAUAGAUAACUGUACUAUAACCUGCCGGAGCUAACACGAGUCAGCGCUUUUAAAAAUAUUGUUGCUGACCAAGAGUCUAAAUAUAUAUUCUUUAAAUGUCAGUCUUUCUCUUGAACAACCUUGAGCACGAGCCUACGUUACAGUACUGUUGACAGUUUUUGGCACAGUUAAUAAUAUACAGUAUGUACUGCCAUGCUAAAUACUUACACUAAAGUACUAUUUUCAAUCAUUUUGUUUAUUAAUAACUACAUACUGUAAUCAAAGUUACGUAAAACCAACAUUUGAUGUGAACAUCAUUUGCCUUCACUGUGUUAACGCUUAGGUACAGUGGCACAUGUAGCGUUUCUUUCCAUGGCAAAGUUAGGAGUUUUUGAGUGAAGCAACACUUCUCUAGAAACUGUAGGAGAACUGACGUCAAACACUAUACUGACUACAGUGUUAUAAAAAGCUGGCUUUGUGCAAGUGUACCUUUAAGAGUAAGUAAUUGCAACAAAUGUUGAUUUUUGUUUCAAUUUUCCACCUGCGUGCUUCCAUUUUUGUGAUUAAUUAAUUAACCUGAUUUUUUUUUUUUUUAAAUAAUUCUUUAUUAACUGCAUUUAUCUAUUUCUAACUAAAAUUUGCUCACAUUACUGUAUCCACAAUGAUCCUCAGGUCACUGUGUACUGUAUGGUAGGGGGAAAUAAAAUGUAUAUCAGGGGUAGUAUGUUACUAAAGAAGUAUGCAGUGAGGCAAAAGUUAUUUUUUGUCCUCUUUAUAUAAUAAGUUUAAUUAGAGACUGAAAGACAGAAUACUGUUAUUAGGCUUUGAGAAUAAGCUGCUUUUGACAACGAUGUAUUGAAUAUUUUACUGUCUCUUCAUUAAUUUCAUCUAAAUAAUCGAGUCUAUUUUUAAUAAUGGUUUGCGUCAAUUUGUGUGUUUACUAUUGAAUAUACCUCUGGAACAAUUGAUUUCACUGCUGAGCACCAAGGAAAGCUGUUACUGCAGAACCUUUAAGAAGUGGGAAAUAACCAACAUUUAGUCAUUUUCUUGAAAUCUGUUAGUUCAAAUCAAAUGAUUCAUUUUGCAUCGAUUGAAUGAGCUUCUUUUUUAACUUCUUGUUUGAACUAAAUGAAGAGAGUAACUCUUGAAACUAAGUUAUCUAAUUAAAUUUGCACUGGCAUUUUUGUUUACUUUGAAGAGUUGGUUAUCCUCCCCAGAUAUAUGCAAACAUUGAACAGAAUUUGGAAGUCAUAUUUGAAAUAUUUCAACUUCUUUGAACAAAAUUAAAUCUAGACCUGCAACUGUGUUCUUCCAUGAUUUAUUUAGAUUAAAGUACUGAGAAAAGGAUGUUUGUUUGUCAGUAGAAUUUUUACUCUGUCAUUUGGGCGAGUUGUCUGUCUUCCCUAUUGUCUUUGUAAGAUUUCUGGAGUGCAACAACUUGACUGCUCAAUGUGUUGAAUGUUGGAUUCAAUGACAAUGAAAAUUAAAUUAAAUAAAACACAUGAAUGAA